AUGCCCGUGGGGUCCGUGCUCAGGGGUGUGGGCGUCCAGCCCACGCUGCGUCUCAGCAGGACACGGACGUACUGGCUGCAGACACGGAUCGCGGAUGUCCCGCUCUCAGAGACGAACCCGCGGUUCGUCGAGGAAACGACUCUCGCUUUGCUCAGCGACGUCGGUAACACUGCACGUCGGCCCUUUUGGGGGUCGAAGUUUUCACAGAAAUUUGAAAGCGUUUAUGCACACAUGCUGGCAAAGGGGUUCCUUGAAAAGAACAUCAGCCUGAAAAGGGCCCAGACACGGGAGCAGCCUGACUGUCCACCAGCCGACGAACAGAUGAAGAAGAUCCUCCGUCCUCCGGACGGACAAAAUAAUGCCAACUUCAGCCUGAGCCUCCCUCCUGCCCUAAAGGGAAAGCUCCAGAAGGUGGGGCUGGACACACGGAACCUGUUUGGUGGGUUCGCCGGGGCCUCAGACACCCGGCACCGGGGCUCAGAGUUCAACGCCGCGGGCGCGUUCCUGCUUCAUCAGAAAGCGUUUCUGGAGCACAGGCCGGGCGUGGACAUGCUCAUGGCUGGGGACACAGAGGUGCCCUCGGCACCCGCCCACACCCGGGCGGCGGGCAUCGGGCGGCAGAGGGGGACGCGGCUUUCCCAGCGCUCUGGGCGCGGCGCGAGCGCAGGAGGGCGGCUGCGGGGGCGACACCGGAGGAACCUCAGGACGGCUCCGGACCGGCUGUUCCCCGGAGCUCGCGUGGCCAGAAAGGGCGGCCGCGCCCGGCCCAGCCCACCGAGGGAGCACAGACCCCGCCGGGGCCAGGACCUCCCACGACCAGCCGGCGCCGCCGUGGCCAUCAGGACGGUCGCCGGGAACCGCGCACGCACCGCCGGCUGUCGCCGUCCGGAGCGCAAGAACCCGGAGCCCGGUGGGGACGCUCCGCCCCGGGGUCCCAGAUGCGCCCGCGGCAGCCGCGGCCGGAGACCCCUCCCCAGCCGGUGCGCUCGGUCGUGCGGCGUUUCCGGACCAGGGUCCGACCCGAGGGAGCGGAGUCGUCUGCCCGGGCCGGGCCGCUCCGCCCUGGAGUGUCCCUUCACUCGGCGUCAUUUGCUUCGAGCCUGCAGCGUAGUGGGACGCCUCCAGCGCAAAGACGCCCCGAGGCCGGUGCCUGGAGGCCGCUCCUUACACAGUGUCUACCAUGAAGAGAUCCAAUGCCGCUCCCGGCAUGAGGAGCCCCUGGAGGCCUGCGCGGGUGCCGUCCGCAGAUUCUGCGAUGUCGCAUGCGUGUUCGGGGCUGGCAAGGACACGGCAGUCAUGGCUGGCCCUCUCAUGUGGGGACAGCUGGACGGGGACACUGUGUGGAGGCCGCAGGAUGGACGUGUGCAGAACCCACAGACACCGGCCAUCUCAGAGGCUGUCUGUGCGCACAGAGCAGCGGAGCCUGCACAGCGGUACUUCCUGAUCCCCCAGGUGGGCUGUGUCCGGAGGGACUUGGGAGUUCAAGCCAACCACUGGCCUGGGGACCCCAAGAGGAGCAGAUACAGCAGCUCUUGUGGACGGGCAGGCAGCGAGGGCCUCGGGCAUGUGCGCAUCAGAGACUCCUCCCGUUUUCCUCGCCACACCCGCGGCCGCCGCUUCCGCACUUCUGUGUCCCGCAUCCGCAGCCAGAUCUUCACAGGGAUCCGUCACACGCCGCAGAAACGACUUCCUGCUCGUCUUCCUGACCGGACGGCACGUUGGCGUGCGGCUCCCGCCCGAGAGCCGGCCCAGGGCCACAGGUCCCUGCCUCCCGCUUGGAGCCUGCAGUGUGUGACCCGUGUGGCCCCAGGGAGCUGGGGCGGCCCGCACCAGGCUGAAUUCUGGACCCUGCAGGCCUCCCGCAAGCAUCUGGCUGGGCGGACGGCCACCGCUUGUCAGGAGAGCCGCGGCAGCCACGGGAGCUCGGAGCUCUUCCUGGAUUUUGUCACCAAGGGCUUCCUGCAAGGUCCUCCCAGCCCCCGUGACCUGGACCCGUCAGGUCCCAGAGAAGCCGCUCGUGUGGACGUCGCCCUGAUGGGCCGCUUGUUCUCCGCCGGUUCCGCCGUCAGAAGGAGAGCACUCGCCGUCCUGGGCGUCACGCUGGCGGCGGCCUGUGCCCAUGGCCUCUUCCCCUUCCUCCGGAGAGGCCAGGACCUCCUGUGGGGACGGAGCGGAGACCCUCCUGUGCUCAGCGUCGUGGAGGAGACCAGACGCAUGGUGGACCGCGCCAUCUACCACACCGUGAAGAGAGACCUCCGCCAAAGAGGGAUCCCGUCUCCGUCACAGCUUCUGUCUUUCUCCAAACGCCCUGAGCCGACCAGCCGCGCUGUCUCCCGUGCCGCCGAGAUCAUGGAAGCCUCCGUGCAGGCCCUGAAGACGAGAGUCUCCGGGAAGCUCCGGGGAUCCUGGCCUCCCACAGAUGUCCUGCCGGAAGACGUGCUGAACACAGUCGCGAACGUGUCCGGAUGCCUGCCCUACAUGCUGCCCCCCGAGUGCCCGGACACCUGCCUGGCCGACAAGUACCGGCUCAUCACGGGCGCCUGCAACAACAGAGACCACCCCCGGUGGGGGGCGUCCAACACGGCGCUGGCGAGAUGGCUGCCCCCGGCCUACGAAGACGGCAUCAGCGAGCCCCGGGGGUGGAACCCCCACUUCCUGUACAGCGGCUUCCCGCUGCCCCCGGUCCGGGAGGUGACAAGACAAGUCAUUCAGGUCCCCAACGAGGCCGUCACUGAGGACGAGCAGUACUCCGACCUCCUGGCAGCGUGGGGACAAUACAUUGACCAUGACAUUGCGUUCACUCCCCAGAGCACCAGCAAAGCUGCGUUUGGGGGAGGGGCUGACUGCCAGCUGACGUGUGAAAACCAGAACCCAUGUUUCCCCAUACAGCUGUCCAGCAACGCCUCGGGGAGCAGCGGCGACUCCUGUUUGCCGUUCUACCGGUCCUCUGCCGCCUGUGGCACCGGGAUGCAGGGCGCCUUCUUCGGGAACCUGAGCUCGGCCAACCCACGACAGCAGAUGAACGGGCUGACGUCUUUCCUGGACGCGUCCACGGUGUAUGGCAGCUCCCCAGCCUUGGAGAAACAGCUGCGCAACUGGACGAGCCCCGAGGGGCUGCUCCGGGUCAACACGCGCCACCAGGACGCCGGCCGCGCCUACCUGCCCUUCGCGCAACUCACCGCCUGCGCGCCUGAGCCCGGCCCCCACGGGACGACCCCCGCGCCCUGCUUCCUGGCGGGGGACAGCCGAGCCAGCGAGGUGCCCGCUCUCACGGCCCUGCACACGCUGUGGCUGCGCGAGCACAACCGGCUGGCCUCAGCACUCAAGGCUCUGAACGCGCACUGGAGCGCCCACACGGCCUACCAGGAGGCGCGCAAGGUGGUGGGCGCCCUGCACCAGAUCAUCACCAUGCGGGAUUAUGUCCCCAAAGUCCUGGGCCCCGAGGCCUUCCAGAAGCACGUGGGCCCUUAUGAGGGCUACGACCCUGCCGUGGACCCCACCGUGUCCAAUGUGUUUUCCACGGCUGCCUUCCGCUUUGGCCACGCCACCGUGCACCCCCUGGUGAGGCGGCUGGACGCCGACUACCAGGAGCCCCCGGGCCUCCCCCCGCUGCGGCUACAGGACGCCUUCUUCCGUCCCUGGCGGCUCCUCAAGGAAGGGGGUCUGGACCCCCUGGUGAGGGGCCUCCUGGCGAGACCAGCCAAGCGGCAGGUGCCGGAGCAGCUGAUGAAUGAGGAGCUGACGGAGAGGCUGUUCGUGCUGGGCAGCUCGGGCGGGCUGGACCUGGCGUCCAUCAACCUGCAGCGGGGCCGGGACCACGGCCUGCCAGGCUACAACGCAUGGAGGGAGUUCUGCGGCCUGCCCAGACUGCAGACGCGGGCCGACCUGCACGCCGCCUUCGCCAACGCCAGCAUUGCGGGCCGGAUAAUGGACCUGUACGGGCACCCUGACAACAUCGACGUCUGGCUGGGCGGCCUGGCCGAGACCUUCCUGCCCCAGGCGCGCACAGGCCCGCUGUUCGCGUGCCUCAUCGGGAGACAGAUGAAGGCCCUGAGGGACGGAGACCGGUUCUGGUGGGAGAGCAACGGGGUGUUCACCGAGGCCCAGCGGCGCGCGCUGGCCAGGCAUUCCCUGUCCCGGGUCCUCUGUGACAACACGGGCCUCCCCCGCGUGCCUGCGGAUGCCUUCCGAACCGGGAGAUUCCCGCGGGACUUUGAGGCGUGCGAGAACAUUCCAGGGCUGAACCUGGACGUGUGGAGGGAGCCCCCUCCUCAAGGUGACGCGUGUGGCCUCCCCGACAGCGUGGACAACGGGGACGUCGUGCUCUGCGGCGAGACCGGACGGCACGUGCUCGUGUUCUCCUGCCGCCACGGGUUCCAGCUGCAGGGCCGGGAACAGGUGGCCUGUGCCCCCCGCGGCCUGCUCCGGCCGCCCGUGUGCCGAGACGUCAACGAGUGUGAAGAUGCGACGGCCCCUCCCUGCCACCCAUCGGCCCGGUGCAGGAACACCAAGGGUGGCUUCCGCUGUGAGUGCACAGACCCCUACGUGCUGGCGGAGGACGGGACGACGUGCGUAGACUCUGGGAGGCUCCCGAAGGCAUCCUGGGUCUCCAUCGCCUUGGGCACCCUGCUGGUCGGCGGCCUGGCAGGUCUCACCUGGACAGUGGUUUGCAGGUGGGCACACGCCGGCCGGAAAGCCUCGCUGUGCAUCGCAGACUCGGGUGGAAGAGUGACCUGCCAGCCGGGUCUCGGAACGCGCCGGGACACGAACGCGUCACAGCCUGCUGCCGCCACUCGGGGCGCAGGCCAGGACCCGGCCUGCGGAUCCCAAAUCCUUCUCUGCCAGUAGGAACCGCAGGGACACGCUCGGAAGCCGGUGCGACAGGGCGGCCGCGGGCUGACUCCUGGGAGCGGACAGUCCUUCUCGGACGGGAACCCCCUUCCCGCCCGACACGGGGGAGGAGGUUCCCUCUGGAAACAGCCUCGGUCCUGGCGUGUCCGUCCUGAAUAAAGCGUGCGCUGCU